CUGCUAGGGUAAAGGAAUAACGUAGCUUGAUGACAGGCUAUUGCUAAGCAAGGAUAUUGACAUCGGUUGCGCGAGUCACGUGCGCCAUGAGAACUAAAAUUUGCAGAACCAUGAGGCCGCAUCGUGCAUUACAAGACCAAGCCCCGGGACGUAGAUGCUCUCGAAACCACCAUGACAACAAAAUCGCUAAAUAUUAUCGGUGAUGACGGAGCUGGGAAGAAAACUCUUGGUGGCUGUCUAAUCCAUAAGUGUGGACUGCAAUUGCCUCGCCUAGAGGAGUUGGAGAGAAGCGGAGUAAGCCAGUUCAGAGAGAUAACAUCCUUCUACGACAACAAAGGCUAUGCAAAAUCGUUCCAUGGCCCGACUGGGCAAUACGUGAUUCAGAACAGUCCGGUGUGCGACGUGGCUUUCUGGGUUGUUGACGCGAGCGAACCAAACAACUGGGCCACCUCUGCUCAGAAGCUUGAAAGUUUAUUAAGCAGUGAUGCCUUGCGACCAACAGAAAAACUAUUUAUUUUGGUAAAUAAAAUGGACUUGGUCGACUGGUCUGAGCAAACCUUCAAGAAUAUUCUGGAGGUGUUUAACGCAAGAAGCAUAACGAAUAACAGAGCCUACAUUCUUCCAAUUUCUAGUCUCAAAGGAGAAAAUAUGCUUGAGUCGCCUGAAGCCUGCUCGUGGAUUACACAUGCCUCAAAAAGUCAACAAAGCCAGCUAAAUGUGUCAGAGCAACCACUAUUGCAUCUUCUAUAAUACCAGCCCAAAGAGAGCUCAUUACAUAAUAUUUUAAUAUAUAUAAAUUAGUCGCUACAGU